UAACGCUAGAAGUUGCUUGUAGUGGUAGACAUUCGUUGUGGCUCAUUGACCUCUAUUGAUACACUUGAAAUACUUAAAUUCUUUAGAUGGUUUUAUGUUUUCUUUUGUUUUGGGAACAGUAGGGUCUCUUAGGCUGCAGUUGCUAGACUUCUUGCUGAUGUUUAUACUUGAUUAAUGGUCAAAUCGUCUAGGAUCUCCUCUGCUCAAGCAGCAUGCUUGCCAGAUAUUCAGUCGGAAGUUCCUGGUCCAUUCUGCCAUUGGGAAACUGUAUUGCCACAUUAUGCUCACUUUUUUUUUGCAUGUUGGUUAAUCUAAUAUCUAGAUAUUAUCGAGAGAUAAUAUAUUACGCCGAAUGUGCAGUUAGUUCCUUUAUAGCCUAUCCUACUGUACAUAAAUAUUCGUUUUGGGUUUAUGUAGUCAGAAUGUUUUUGAUUUAUCAAAAAAAAAUCCAGAUAAAAUUAAUUUGAUAUGAUCAAAAAGUGCAUCUUUAAUAGUCGUUAAAUAUCAGUAAACUUAAGAGCAAGAAAAUUCGCGCAACAGGGCGAGUCUGUCUUGUUAGAUCACUGCGUACUACAUUUUAGCUUUGAGCACUGUACUUUUCUCUCUCUUGAUGUUGGUUUAACUUCGCUGGUAGAUAUCCACUAAGGAUCUGUCGAAUACUUUUUCGUUCAAUGCUGAGACAAAACAAACAAUAUUUUGAUGUAGGCCUACAUUCUUGAUUUGUUUUAAUAGACCGUUAUUAUCAAUAACUGCCUACUCGUUUUGUACUACAUUUACAGUGGGAGCCUCUGUGCAAUGUGUAGUCCUGUGGGUACAUGCAUUUGAAACUCCUAAAAAUCCCACAACCUAUUAUUCGCAUUGCCGUAUUCCAAUUUUUAUCGUUUAUUUUUCUAGUUAAAAUAAAUUGGGUAUAACCAGUGUUAAAUGUCAUAUGUUAAACAAGCUGGCUUUCCACGUACAGGCCUAUCGAAGAACAGGAAGCGUAUUUAGAAGCAACCUAAUCUGUGCGCACCCCAAAACGGAAUGUACUAAAUGCGAAACAUGUUCCAAGCGUGAGCCGUCAGCAUUUAUGGGCUUGGCUAUAGGUCAAAAUCAAAUAGGAAACGGGGUUUAAAUGUGUAUUUUAUUAAAGUGUUUCUUAAGUAAUGUAUAGUACAAUAUUUGCAGUGAAAUAAAGGUCAUAAUUCCUAAAUGUACAACUAUUUUAUUUGUACGUUUAUUGUAAGGGUUAAUCAUAUCUAUGGUAUGUCUAAUAGCAAUAUGUAAGAUUUGGGUACCAGCAAAUGGCCUAACUUGUUUACUGUAGCCUGUAUAAAGUCUACUUUUCCACAACAGUCAUGGCUUGUCACUAUUUGUAUGUCAUUAACAUGAGUUCAAUGCCUCGGAGUUAGCUACAGUUGACAUAGUAUUUUAGAUCUGUAGCCUCCCUCAGACGUGGUCCCAUUUCCAGCAAUGCUUUUUACUUCGUUGGACAUUGAAAUGGUGCCGCCUACACCAAGUUAAAUGGUAAUAGGAUUACAAUGGUAAUAGGAUUACGAUGCUACAGUAUGUCCUCAUAUACACUAUAUAUACAGAAGUAUGUGGACACCCCUUCCAAUUAGUGGAUUCUGCUAUUUCAGCCACUCCAGUUGCUAACAGCACACCGCUAUGCAAUCUCUAUAGACAAGCAUUGCCAGUAGAAUGGCCUUACUGAAGAGCUCAGUUACUUUCAACGUGGCACCAUCAUUGGAUACCACCUUAAAAACAAGUCAGUUCGUCAAGUUUCUGCCCUGCUAGAGCUGCCCUAGUCAACUGUAAGAGCUGUUAUUGUGAAGUGGAAACUGCUAGGAGCAACAACGGCUCAGCCGUGAAGUCGUAGUUCACACAAGCUCACAGAAAGGAAGCGUAGCACUCGGAAGCUUCAUGAAAUGGGCUUCCAUGGCUGAGCAGUCGCACACAAACCUAAGAUCACCAUGUGCAAUGUCAAGUGUCAGCUGGAGUGGUGGACUCUGGAAUCACGCUUCACCACUUGGCAGUCCAUCAGGCUGGGUUUGGCGGAUGCCAGGAGAAUGCUACCUGCCCCAAUGCAUAGUGCCAACUGCAAAGUGUGGUGGAGGAGGAAUAAUGGUCUGGGGAUGUUUUUCAUGUUUCGGGCUAGGCCCCUUAGUUCCAGUGAAGGGAAAUAUUAAUGCUACAGCAUACAAUUACAUUCUAGACGAUUCUCUGCUUCCAACUUUGUGGCAACAAUUUGGGGAAGGCCCUUUCCUGUUUCAGAAUGACAAUGCGCCUGUGCAAGCCAGGCCUAAUCGCCCGACCUCACUAAUGCUCUUGUGGCUGUGGAAGCAAGUCCCCGCAGCAAUGUUCCAACAUCUAGAGGAAAGGGGGGACAAACUUCAUAUUAAUGCCCAUGAUUUUUGGAAAGAGAUGUUCUGCGAGCAGCUGUCCAAAUACUUUUGGUCAUGUAGCGUAUAACAUAUGACAAAUAUAUGACUAGAGCAGCUUUGCAUACUUUAUGUUUACGUUAAUCAGCAACUCUCACAGUCUGAGCUUGGCGGAUGGUCCUUUAUCAAUACUGUAUUUUUCCAUGUUUCUCCAGAUUCUGACAUCAUGGCCUCAUUGGCAGAUGGCUGUAUUCAAUUCACCCGCCAUGCCGGUGAUGUUCUGCUCAACUUCAACCGCCUCCGCAGCAGAAAUAUCCUGACGGAUGUCACAAUCCAGAUUGACGGUCAGCGCUUCUGCGCUCACAGGGCAGUCCUCGUGGCCUGCAGUGGGCUCUUUUACUCCAUAUUCACCGACCCCCUGAAGAGUAACCUGAGUGCCAUCAGCCUGGACCCCACGGUGGACCCUGAUGGUUUUGCCAUCCUGCUGGACUUCAUGUACACCUCCACCCUGACCCUGAAGGACAGCCUGGUUUUAGUUACCAUGAACACAGCGUCAUACCUCCAGAUGGAACAUGUGGUGGACACCUGCCGCAGGUUCAUCAAGUCCAGAGAGCAGUCUGUGACUCUGCAGAGAGAUGAGGUACUGACUAGCCCGAUGCGUCUCUCUCAGGACCUCCCUGCUUUCAGGGCUCUGGAUGGGUUGGCGACCAGCCCCAGCCACACAUCCAUGUCUCCCCUCAGAGACCGGAGGAGCUACUGCCCCAGUGUAUUCACUGGUAUCAAUGCUUCGGGUAGCUCCCACCACGUCCACGGAAAACACAUCCCAAUGCCCAUCGGAAAGCUGCCAGACGCCCUCAAUUUCAGUGACUUCCACAAAGGGGAUUCCAUCUCUCAGAAGCUCUUCUCUCCCGCGAAUCGCACAGAGGCCACCACCAUCGUCCACCACCCUCUUUCAUCCCAGUCCUCAUCCUCCUCCGUUACGAUCCUCCGCCCCCUCCCCUGCUCCAGCCGCCGGUCUGGGCCCUUUAUGGGGCUCCAGGGACCUAAACACAGAGGGGCCUCCCCCAUGGAGGAGGACAGCAUCCAGCCCCCCCAGCCAGACUCCCUCAGCCUGUCCCCAGGCUGCAGCAAAGGUGUGAUCUGCAGCCCGCAGAGCCCCCUCCGCUCUGACUGCCAGCCCAACUCCCCCACCGAGUCCAGCGGCUGCAGCAGGAAUGCGACCCAGCCCUCUGGCUGCUCCCAGGAGCCCAAGGCCCGCAACUGGAAGAAGUACAAGUUCAUCGUGAUGAACCAGACCUCCAGGGAGAAGGACGAUGAUGAGGCCCAGGGAGGGAGCGCUGAGGCUGGGGACUGCACCACUCCUCAGGGCUCUAACAGGACUAGUGGAUCAGAGGGACCGAUGAAGGAGCUGCAGGCUGCAGAGAUGGUCAGUGUGCACGGAGAAGAGAUCCUUGUCCCACAGGCCAGCCAUCACAACAUUAACCAACUGAGAUGCUCCUCCUGUGGUACAGAUGCCCCUCAGCACCUGAUGGUCUGUCCCCGCUCCCCUGGCACCUACAGCGGGGAGGACAAUGAGCUGCACUCUGAGUACUCCGACUCAAGCGGUGAGAAUGGUUGCAACUUCUGCAACUCAAAGUUUGCAGAAGCGGACUCCCUGAAAGGCCACAUGCUCCAGGUCCAUGCUGACAAGCCAUACAAGUGUGACCGGUGCCAGGCUGCCUUCCGUUACAAAGGGAACCUCGCCAGCCACAAGACUGUCCACACCGGCGAGAAACCGUACCGCUGUAACAUCUGCGGUGCUCAGUUCAACCGGCCGGCCAACCUCAAGACCCACACCCGAAUCCACUCAGGAGAAAAGCCAUACAAGUGUGAAACAUGUGGCUCUCGCUUCAUACAGGUCGCGCACCUCCGCGCCCACGUGCUGAUACAUACGGGGGAGAAGCCGUAUCCCUGUGAGGUCUGUGGGACACACUUCCGCCAUCUUCAGACCCUCAAGAGCCACUUGCGCAUCCACACAGGAGAAAAGCCCUACCAUUGCGAAAAAUGUGACCUCCACUUUCGCCACAAGAGCCAGUUGAGGCUGCAUCUCCGGCAGAAGCACGGCGCGGUCACCAACACCAAGGCUCAGUACCGCCGGGCGAACACGGACAUGCUCGUUGGCUUGGCCAAGGCCUGCUAAAUGGACACUGGGAAGAUGGAGUUUGAUUGGCAAACAACCGUCUUACGGUUGUAGUAACACAUCAUAGCGUCUCAGUACGUCUCCGUACGUCUCCGUACGUCUCAGUACGUCUUAGUACUACACUGUCAGAGAUUGUUGUGUUUGUUGGCAAAUGGCAGAUGGCUUCCCUCCAAAUGUGAACAUAGAACCAUAUUGUAUAAUUCAUAGACAUUCUACAUUAUGUUUGUAUAGAAGUCCGGUACGUACUGAUGGAAUGUACAUUUAGAAAAUUAUAGUUUUGGAAUAUGAAUUCUUAUAUCGUGUAAUACUUUUUUGCUGAAUGUUUUCAAUUGAAGGACAGUGUUCUUUUAGAAGACACUCAAAACUGUUAGAGAAUGAGAAACACUGAUACAUGGGGUACAAUUAUAUUAUAGAUAAAGUAUAUUGGGGAAUGUUCAGCUGAAGAUAAGCUAAUUUAUUAUCCAGUUCUUUGUAGUUUCUUAUAUAUUGUAUAUUGUGAAUACACAUAUAUAUAUAUAAUGUAAUAUCUAUCCAGAUUACCCUCUGCUGGCAGAGUAUAUGUCUGUAAUUACUAAGGUACCAGCCGCUUUUGUCUUUCUACCUAGUGAAAGUUUGUUAUUGCGUCUGUCAUUUGGUCAAAAUAAUAUAUUAUCCGACACGGGUACAUAUGCAAUGUAUUUAAGGUGCCUUACACUAAGUUUUUUUGUUUUUUGUCUAUUCAGUUCAUUACCGCAAAGUCCUACGUCAGCACUUUCUACCGUAUUUGUUUUGUCUGCUUUUUGUCUCAGGCCAACAAGCUGUAAAUACGCCAGCUCUCAAGCUACAAGUCCUCAGGACCGUUAUCAACAUUUUGUCUUUGUAAACUGCAGAGCUUUAUGUGACAUAGAAAUAAAGGAAUGUGUUAUGAAAACA